UAGCUUGACGGCGGCGGCAGAGUUUCUCAGUUCAGCCGCAGCCGGCUGUCUACACACUCCUGCACGGCAUCACACACACCUGCGGACCGUGUGUGUGUGUUCGUCUGGUCGCGGAGCGUCGCCGUGUCCCCCGUCCCGCGGCUCUGCGAGGAUUUAGGAGAAUGACAGAGCGGGACGGAGCGAUUCUCCCACACUGAGAGCAGCAGCAGGAGGAGGAGGAGGAGAGGAGCAUGGAGCGAGCCCACAGCCUCCUGCUGAACGAGGAGGCCUGCAGCCAGCUGGCCGAGCACCAGAGAGCCGAGUUCGUCUUCGAAUGGCUGAGCCACCUGAAGAAGCUGCUGCCGGCCGCUGACCGGGCCGACAUCAAACAGAACCAGCGGCGUCUGGUCGACCAACUUUCCUCCGUUCUGAUUGGCUCUCCCGGCCCGCCGACCCGCUGGGUGCUGGCUCACUGCCUGGCCCUGCUGUACCGCCUGGGAGACCCUGUCCCUGCGAGCCUGUUGGUGGAGAGGUGCAAUGACAUCAUCCGCAGCAAGGACGACUCGCCGUCCGGCCUGCCCACCAGACUGGCGGCCGUGGCGUGCCUGGGCUCUCUGUAUGAGCAGCUCGGUCGGAUGCUGGUCGGCUCCUUCAGAGAAACUCUGGCCAACCUGCUGAAGGCCAUGAAGAGCGCCGAGUCUCAGGGUCGGUAUGAGAUCAUGCUGAGCAUGGAGAGGAUCCUGCGAGGUUUGGGCGUCAGCGCCGUGCCGUGUCACCGGGACGUCUACAAGGCGGCCCGAGCCUGUCUGACCGACCGCUCCAUGGCCGUCCGCUGCGCCGCCGCCAAGUGCCUGCUGGAGCUGCAGAGGGAGGCGGUGUUCCUCUGGACCACAGAGCUGGAGAACGUGGCCACCCUGUGCUUCAGGGCUUUUGAAGGAUCCAACUACGACGUGCGAGUGGCCGUGGCCAAGCUGCUGGGGACGCUGCUGGCCACGGCCGUGGAGCCCAGGCAGCCCGCCGCUCCGAGGCAGGGUGGGCGGAGCCGGAGUUCCCUGGAGGAGGUGAUGGAUUUGCUGUGGGGGGGCUUCCUGCGGGGCGGGGCGGGGUUCCUCCGGGCCAGCGGAGACAUGCUGAAGGGAACCAGCUCGGUCAGCAAGGACGUCCGCAUCGGGGUCACGCAGGCCUGCGUGGUGCUCGUCUCCACGCUGGGCGGCUCCUGGUUGGAGGGGAACCUGCCCGCCCUGCUGUCCCUGCUGAUGGAGCUGGCGUCUCACGGCCGGGCCACGCAGACGCCGGCCGACGCCGCCGUGACGCGCCGCUGCGUCUCCUUCAUCCUGCGCAGCUCGCUGGGCUCCCUGCUGAGCGAGAAGGCCCAGACCAACGCCGCCAAGCAGCUCUGCCUCGCCGUGGCCGCGCAGAAACGAGCCGUCGAUGCGGCGCUGAGCGAGGGGAACGUGGAGAGCAGGGUUUCAGCAGCAGACGUGUCGGCCAGUCAGCAUGUACUGGUCUGCUGCCUGCUGGAACUGGGAAGCCUUGUCCAGGGCCUGGGAUCCACCGCUGCCCCCCUCCUGACUGACAGCAGCACAGCCCUCCUGGACACAGUCAUCUCCGUCCUGCUCCAUCCCGUGGCCUCGGCCCGUCUGGCUGCCGCCUGGUGCCUGCGCUGCGUUGCCAUGGCGAUGCCGUCCCAGUGUUCCCUGCUGCUGGAGCGGUGCGCCGAGCGCCUGGCGGCCCUGAAGUCGUCCCCGGAGGCCGUGGCCGGGUACGGAGCGGCCGUCGCUGCCGUGGUGGCCGGGGUGCAGCAGUGCCCCCUGGGAAUCCCGCACACCAAGGGCAAGGUGGUGCUGGGCCUGGCAGAGGACCUGCUGCGUUCAGCCACUCAGAACAGCAGGAUCUCCUUGCAGAGGACUCAGGCCGGCUGGCUGCUCGUCUCCGCUCUCAUCACUCUGGGUCCAGCUGUGGUGGAGCAUCACCUGCCCCGCCUCCUCCUGCUGUGGCGCUGUGUGUUCCCUCCGUCCCUCAGAGAGCAGGAGAUGGAGCUGCGACGAGGGGACUACUUCACCUGGCAGGUUACGCUGGAGGGCCGUGCCGGGGCGCUCUGUGCCAUGAAGAAUCUGCUGCUGCACUGCAAGGAGCUCCUCACCGAUGACAUCAUCAGCCGUCUGCUCACGCCAUUGGCCUGCGCUGUGGCCCUGCUCACCAAGCUGCCUGCUCUCCUCAGGUCUUACGGCAGUUCAGUUCGUUGCUGGUCGGUGGUUUACAGACUCAGAGUUUAUGAGCUGCUGGCUCUGCUGCCUCCGGACACGUACCAAGAGAGUUUCGGGGUUGUGAUGAACCAGCUGGUGUCUGAUCUGUCCGGUCAGGAUAAUCUGAACCAGCCGUGUUCAGAGCUCACGCUGCUGCCGCCGCUCUGUAACCAUGACGACCUGCUGCUGGUCGGCCCCGCCCUCCUCGACACCGACCACAGAUACAUCGAGGAGCAGCUGCUGGGCAGCAGUGUGGGCGGAGCCUCUCUGGACCACGACCCCUUCAGUCUGUGUGCGAGCGGGCUGGAGGCGCCCGCUCCUCUUCCUCCUGCCGUCGCCCUGACCGCCGCCGCCGUCCGCCUCUUCGGAGUCGUCUUCCCCCACAUCAUCACCGCUCAGAGAGUUCAGAUAUUAGAGCAGUUUGUACAGACGGUGAACCAGCUGAAGGGUCAGCGGCAGCAGACAGUCCAGACUCAUGUGUGUGCCGCCCUCUGCAGUCUGCUCAAGCACCAGGUCAGCACCCGGGGCUCUCUGGGUCCGGAGGAGCUGCGUGUCCCGGCUCUGUCCCUCCUGCUGGGGGCGCUGGAGAGCGAGAGCCGGCUGCUGCGCUGCCUGGCGGCCGAGGGUCUGUCCCGGCUGCUGCAGCUGGUCGGCGAGCCCGCCUUCACCGUGUCCGUCACCCUGCUCUGCCUCGACAAGCUGAAGACGGCGAGGGACGCGGCGACGCGGAGCGGCCAUGCGCUGGCGCUGGCGGCGCUGCAGCGUCACACAGGAGGAAUCAGCUCACCUCAAAACCUCAACACCUGCCUGGGGGUCCUGUUCACCCUGAGCCAGGACAACACGUCGCCCGAGGUCCAGACGUGGUCUCUGCACGCUCUCUCCCUGGUGGUCGACCUGUCCGGCGGCCUGUACCGCUGCCACGCCGAGGCUUCCUUCACCCUGGUGCUCCGGCUGCUGCUGGCCGCCCCGCCCACCCACCCCGAGGUGCACCACAGCCUGGGGCGCUGCCUGCACGCCCUCAUCACCUCGCUGGGGCCAGACCUGCAGGGGGAGGGCUCGGCGGUGGCAGGCCUGCGCUCCAGCUGCCUGGUGGGCUGUGGGGUGAUGCAGGCCAGUCCCGACUGCCUGGUCCAGGCCGAGGCCAUUUCCUGUCUGCAGCAGCUGCACAUGUUCUCCCCGCCGCACGUCAACCUGGCCUGCCUCGUACCUGCCCUGUGUGAGCUCUUGUUGGAUUAUUCCAUGUUGGUGAACCUGUGCAGCUCCUACCUGUGCCUGCGGCGGGCGGUGGUGGCGUGUCUGCGGCAGCUGGCCCAGCGGGAGGCGCUGGAGGUGUCGGAGCACGCCGUCGCUCUGGUCAAAGACCUGCCCAGACGAGACAACACACAGCUGGACGUCACCAUAAAGGAGGUCGGGCUGGAGGGGGCUCUGUUCACGCUGCUGGACCGCGAGUCGGACCCCGGCCUGAGGCGGGACAUCCAGGAGACGCUGGUCCACAUGAUGGCCUCCAGCGCCACCACGGGCAAGCUGGGGCACUGGCUCAAACUCUGCAAGGACGUCCUGUCAGCGUCCGCCGACUCUCGGGCUCCUGUGGAGGCGAGUCAGGACGACGAGGAGGCGGAGUCCGGCCGGGACGACGACUCCUCUGUUUUCCGAGCGAGGUCGGAGUCCGGCGGUCCGUUCACCGCCCUGCGCUGGGCGACUCGCCGCUUCGCCAUGGAGUGCGUGUGCCGCAUUGUGGCGCAGUGCGAGAGCGCCGACCCCGCCCACUUUGACAUGGCGCUGGCCCAGGAGCGGCGGCUGCACGAGUCCACAGACUUCCUGGUCCUCCACCUCGGUGACCUCGUCCGCAUGGCGUUCAUGGCGGCUACGGACCACAGUGACCAGCUGCGACUGGCCGGCCUGCAGACGCUGUUGGUGAUCAUCAGGCGGUUCUCGGCGAUACCAGAACCCGAGUUCCCGGGUCAUGUGAUCCUGGAGCAGUACCAGGCCAACGUCGGAGCUGCUCUCAGACCAGCCUUCACCGCUGACGCCCCUCCUGAUGUCACCGCCAAGGCCUGCCAGGUGUGCAGUGCCUGGAUCGCCAGCGGGGUCGUCAGUGACCUGCGUGACCUCCGCCGCGUCCACCAGCUGCUGGCCUCCUCAUUGGCUAAAAUCCAGGCAGGGAAGGACACGUCCAGCCACCUGUACAACGAGGCUGCUGCUACCAUGGAAACGCUCGCCGUCCUCAAAGCCUGGGCUGAGGUUUACAUCGUGGCGGUGCAGAGGAGCAAGCAGAAGGAGAGCUCUCCCGCUCCAGCCAAUGAGGGAUCAGGCUCCGGCUCGGGAGGGGCGGGCCUGCUGAAGUUGGUCCAAUCAGAUCUGUCGACGCUGAGCCGCCUGUGGUUGGCCGCCCUGCAGGACUACGCCCUGCUGACCCUCCCACAGGAGUACGCAUCACAGCUUCCCGCCGCAGGAGGCUCCUUCUACACAGCAGAGACCGUGAACCAGGCCAGAGCGCACUACUCCUCCUCCUGGGCUCCCAUCCUGCACGCCACCUCCCUCUGGCUGCACAGCACCGGGUUUGUGAUGUCAGAGGAUGGCCCGGCAAACCUGUCCAGACCGGCCACGCCCACUUCCAUGGGCCAGCACGGCUCUGUGGGCGGAGCCAAGAGCCCGGAGGACGUCAGCUCGGACAGACUGCACCUCAUCCUGGGUAUCAGCGUGGAGUUCCUGUGUUCUCCGCACUCUGAGGACCAGAUGGAGAACAUCACUUCCUGUCUGCGAGCUCUGCAGGCGCUGCUGGACGUCUCCUGGCCCCGCGCCAAAGUGGGAAACGACCAGGCUCUCAGUGUGGAGCUCCUCUCAGUCCUCCACAGGCUGAUGGUGACCCGGGAGGCGGCGGCGGUGCAGCUGGCCGUGUUGGACCUGGUGCGGCAGAUCGUGACGGCGGCGCAGGAGCACGUGAAGGAGAAACGCCACAGCGCCGAGGUGGACGACGGCGCGGCGGAGAAGGAGACGCUGCCGGAGUUCGGGGAGGGACGUGACACCGGUGGCUUGAUUCCCGGUCGCUCGCUGGUGUUUGCGGCGCUGGAGCUCUGCCUGUGCGUCCUGCUGCGCAAGCUGCCUCAGCUCAGCCCCCGCCUGGCCGGCAGCAGCUGCAGCGCUCCUGCAGGUUCCGUCUGGACCCUCAGUGACAGUGACUGUCACCUGGUGUCGUCGGCUCUGGCCGUCCUGUCCGACCUGCCGUCCAUCUGCUCACCUGAGGGCAGCGUGUCCAUCCUGCCCACCGUGCUCUACCUGCUGCUGGGAGUCCUCAGAGAGCUGGUCCACCUGCCCGGCACACACACAGGUGCGGUGGUGUCGGUGGGGAGCGGGGGGGUCGGGGGGGUCGGCGGCGGGGGCAGCGGGGGGGCGGCAGGUCUGUCCCUGCUGGUCCAGGCCAGCCUGCAGGCUCUGAAGGCCGUGCUGUCGUCUCCCAUGAGCCGGCAGGAGAAGAGCCGAGGAGCCUGGACCCUGCUGCUGCGCUCGGCCCUCAACACACUGCUGGGCUACUGGGAGCCCGGGGACCCGGGCUGCGUGGUGGACCAGGUCAGUCUGCUCACUGCGUUGACUGUCUUCCUGCUAUCGACCGCUCCCGACGUCUGCACCGUCCAGCCGCUGCACGCGCUCAGUCUGCAGCGCUUCACCGCCGCCAUGGACGCCAAGGACCCGCUGGUUGUCAGUCGGUGCUAUCAGCUGCUGGCGUCGGUGUUCCAGGCUCAGUCGGCCGUGGCCGUGCCGUACAUCCAGGCUCUGGGACCGCACCUGGUCCGACACCUGCAGACGGUGGAGCGGAGCCGGCCUCAGAGUCCAGAGGAGCUGCUGGGAGCUCUGGAGGGGAUCAGAGCCAUGGAGGCUGUGGUGCAGGCAGCCGAGCAGACGCAACGUCCUCAGCUGGCGGCCAUCUUGCUCCCCAUCCUCAUCUCCUUCUUACUGGACGAGAACACCCUUGGCUCCGCCCCCGCAGCGUCCCGCUCCCUCCAUGAGGCGGCGCUCAAGGACCUGAUGCGUCUCGGCCCGCAGCACUCGGCCGUCUUCAGGUCUCUGAUGGCGUCGUCUCCUCACCUGAAGGCGCGUCUGGAAGCCGCCGUCAGAGGAAACCAGGAGAGUCUGAGCGCCAAAAGCAGCUCCAACACGCCGACCGCCAGCAGCAAGUCCUCGCCCAGCAUCACGCUCAAAACCAACUUCCUGUGACACACCUGGGGCACACCUGGGGGACACCUGGGGCACACCUGGGGGACACCUGGGGAUACACCUGGGGCACACCUGGGGGACACCUGGGGACACACCUGGGGACACACCUGGGGACACACCUGGGGACACACCUGGGGACACACCUGGGGGACACCUGGGGACACACCUGGGACACACCUGGGGGACACCGGGCACACACCUGAGACACACCUGGGGAACACCUGGGACACACCUGAGACACACCUGGGACAUACCUGGGGACACACUUGGGGGACACACCUGGGGGACACGUGGGACACACCUGGGGACACACCUGGGGACACACCUGGGGAACACCUGCCCCACUUCAGCAUAUUUCGGGUGUUUUGAGGUGGGCGUUGUCGGGGUCCAGGUGGUUUCCGGGGCUGUGAGCUGCUGCCGCCGUGUCGGAGGAGAGCGAGCUGAAGUGACGCCGCGUCCUCUCGUCUUCCUGUCCCACAGAGCCAAUCCGCUGGUGUUUUUUUUCGUCCCUCCUCCUCCGACGCGGCGGCAGAGUCGCGGCUCGGCUCCCAGCAGGACGCUCAGCUCCGAGAAGCUGAACAGGUAGAUCCGGCGUCGGCUGCUGUGAGCCUGCAGUUCACAGGGUGUCCCGGUGUCUCCCGUUGUCACGGCAACAGCUGUAGCGUUCACCGCUGAUUCUGUCUCACAGCGGAGAAAAACCAGGCGGUUGUUUUUGUGUCGGGUCUCGUUGCUGAUUGGCUGGAGGCUCGGCUGCGUUGUGUUCGCCGAGCGUUUUGGGAGGAGCCCCUUCCUGUGUAGCUGUUCUGUCAGUUUCAGUGUGUGUGUGUGUGUGUGUGUGUUGGUGUGUGUGUGACGGUAUUUCUCUGCUGUGCGUCAGGUUGUGUUUGGAGGUCAGUUUAGAGAAAUCCCGAGCAUGUGAACGCCUCGCGGAGAAACCACACAUAACCAAAUAACCCCAAGUCUUCAGUGCUAUUAACCAUUAAACCAAACGACGAGCGAUGAACCUCCCCACAGUGAACGUGGAGCGUUUGUUUCACGUCUCUGCGGUGCCACAUGGGUGGAGUUUGCCACGCACGAUGACAGAAUGAAUAAAACAGACCUUCUUCUUCUUCUUUUUUUUUUUUUUUAAAUCUUUCAACCUCACAGAGCCGCCAUGUUGGUCCAGCACUUCUUCUCAACUUCAACAACUCCUGAAUGUCACGUGACGUUCAGCAGGAGCUCCGCCCCCUCAUCAGCCCACUUCCUGUUGGCUGAAGGUUUGGGGGCGUCGUUGAGACAUCUGGAAGCUGAUUGGCUCUUGUUUUUUUUUUUUUUUAACAGAUAAAUAAAGUUGUGUUUUCAGAAGCAGCUGUAUCUGUGUGGACGUGGUGGGAGAUCACUCUAGUGUUUUUUUUUUUUUUUUUUUCUGUGGCUGUCAGCUCAUCUGGCACGAUGAGCUCCACCCACCUGGCACGGCAGGCAUGACAAAACAAGCUGAAGGGGCCCCGUUCAUUAAAGCAUCCCAGGUGAAACCCUUCCCUGAACUGUCUGCUGCAGAUUUCCUGAGGAAAAGUGUGUUGCACAAAGUGUGUCUGAGGAUAUUUUUGUACACGACUCGAGUAAAUAAGGUUUUAGCCUGAAGUGAACGUCACAGGAGGAAAACUUCAGGAAGCUGCAAUCAAAACACAAACAGGACCGAGUUUUUUUUUUUUUUUUUUUUCUUUUGAGUCUGUUCGCUGCAGACUGACUCCCCUGAAGUCAACAGCACGAUAAGCUUCAGUUCCUACAUCAACAACAUGAAACAGAGGUCACAGGUUACCUGACCCCAGAGUGAAGAGCUAGGAAACAGUAAAGAGGACUUUUAUUUUGUAGUAGAAUGUAGAUUCACAAUCUGACAGCUGACAAAUCACAUAACCGUGCUAACAGGUCGACUGACCCGAAGACGUCUCUUGUUGUUAAUGGCAGUAUGGUAGCCUGUAAAGGACAAUUUAGCUCUGAGCAGCACUUUAGUUUACCGUGGCCGAGGUCACAUGAUGCAGCAGCUCCUGUUUGAUUGGACAGGCUGCGGUGCUUCCAGAAUGUACUGAUGAUCUGUGUUCUCAUGCAGGAAUAAAGUCACUCCGACUCCCUCA